GCUUUUCUCUUUUGGCAAACUUCUGCCCGCUUCCGGAGAUCUCCUAGUUCCGAUUCGUGCCGAUUUCUGGUACUCUCAGAAAUUUGCUCACCUGGAUACUGUAUCAUUGGGAAUUUGAAGCCGCUGGCGACGCCGAACAUUCCGUUCAGAGGUGAUUUGAAUGCUGCUUUGAGUAUUAUAAACUUGGGGGUAAGCAGCUCAUGAGGUUGUUGGUGAGUUGAGUUGGAUUUUCAUUGAUCAAGUCAUGACUCCUCCAUGACCUUACCAAUUCACUGAAGAUGGAGAUAAUUUUGUGACGAGUAUAAUUUCUGGACAUGGCGACUGCUCAGCUCGGGAACCGGAAUGCAAGCACGGCUUAUUCCUCGCUUUUUACCCUGAAGCUUACGUCAGGACUUUUUGAGCCUUUAGGAAGAAUUAGGGUGUCAGGCCCAGUAAAAGAUGUACUUACAAGUCAGAGAAGUCCUCAACUUGUGAAAGCGAAAAAAGGUGGAAACUCUGGAGACAAAGCUCCAAGAUAUGACCCAUUGUUCGCAAGGGACGGGAGUACUGUAGACUGCCCUGUUCCAUGGGAGCAGCAACCUGUGAAUGAGUACCAGAUGCUGAACGAGACAGGGCUAUUUGCAUGGGCAACUGAUGACAUCCUAUCCUUUACAAUACGACUUUCAGCUGUUAUAGCCGGCAUUUCUGCUCUAGUUGGCUACCCUGUCGCUUCUCUGAGUAUCAACGCUCAGCAGGAGUUUUUGAAGUGCGUAUUGGGAGCUUCUUGUGGCGGAGUAAUAGCUGCCACCGUAGUGACCCUUCGCCUUUAUCUUGGUUGGGCCUACAUCGGCAAUCGCCUCCUAAGCGCAACAGUAGAAUAUGAAGAGACUGGAUGGUAUGAUGGUCGGGUAUGGGUUAAACCUGCAGAAGUGUUGGCUCGGGACCGGUUACUGGGCUCCUUCAAGGUUAAGCCUGCAUUAUUUAGAAUGAAGGUCACAAUGGUGGGACUCGCCAUCUGCUUGGCUACCCUUGUGGGAGUAAUUUUUGUGUUGCCUGGACCUCCACUACCCAUUGAACCUGCGGAGGACAUUGGAGAUACCCUGCGAAUAACCUCCAAACUCUCAUACAGUGAGGCAGCAGCCCGACGUUACGAACCCCAAGCAUUUGCUGAAGAGGACGAUGUUUCAGACACCAACACCCACACACCUUCAACUCUGUUUGAUGUCUGCCUCUGAACCUGACAUUUGAUCUCUUCACAGAAUUUGACGACAAUUCAUUCUCUCCUUGUGGGAAUGUAAUCCACCGCCUGCUGGACUCCCCUUUUUGUGUUCACGCAUCCUGGACAAGUUGUUCUCAAUACUAAUGAUUCAAUGGCAGUGUUGCCUGAUCAGCAUCAUCUCUUUGGCCCCAGUUAUCGUCUUCACACAUUACAUCUGCUACUUGACAUUUGGUAGUUUGAAAGUUAUAUGUAAACUAGUAAGCAUCUAAAAUCUUUUUACUGGUUCUAAUGUCGCAAUAGACAUUACAAGCCUAUGUAUCGCAAAUCCUAUGUUCAGAUAAGGUAGAACUGAUGUUUAUUUGUUUGUCUUUAUUUUCUUUCUUUCUCCUUUUACACAAAGGGGUGUACCAAACGUAUUGAUUAGUUUGAGUGGUGACAAAAAAGUAUUUUACA